AUGGAAAGAAGUGAACCCACAUUAGUUCCAGAAUGGUUGAGAAGUGCAGGAAGUGUUGCUGGGGCUGGAAAUUCAAUCCAACAUUUUCCCUCGUCUAAUCACACUGAUUCUUCUUCUGUGGGUCAUCACACAAGGAAUAGGUCUUCUAAGAAUGCUAAUGAUUUUGAUAGUGCUCGAUCUCUGUUUCCUGAUCGAACAUCCUCAUCAAUUUCCCGGAGGAGUUCUAUAAACGGUUCUGCCAAACAUGCCUACAGUAGUUUCAACAGAAGUCAUCGUGACAAAGACCGGGAGAGAGAGAGAGAGAGAUCCAGUUUUGGGGAUAACUGGGAUUGUGAUGGUUCUGACCCAUUGGCCAAUCUCUUUUCUGGAAGGAUGGAGAGGGAUACAUUGCGCCGUUCUCAUUCAAUGGUUUCCAGGAAACAGAGUGAGGUUAUACCCCGUAGAGUUGCAGUUGAUACUAAAUCUGGUGGCAGUAAUCAUCAGAACAAUAGCAAUGGCCUACUUUCUGGGAGUAAUGCUAGUAGUAGCAUUCAGAAAGCGGUAUUUGACAAAGAUUUUCCAUCACUUGGUACUGAGGAAAAGCAGGGAACAGCUGAAGUGGUGAGGGUUUCAUCUCCUGGUUUGGGUGGCACUGCUAGUCAGAGUCUGCCUGUUGGAAGUUCAGCAUUGAUUGGAGGGGAGGGAUGGACAUCUGCACUGGCAGAGGUACCUACAAUAAUUGGUAGCAGCAGUACUGGAUCUCUAUCAGUGCAGCACACUGUUAAUACAAAUUCUGGGUCUGUGGCGUCAAGUUCAACAGCUUGUCUUAAUAUGGCUGAGGCAUUGGCACAGACUCCAUCCCGAGCUCGCUCUACUCCCCAGGUGUUGGUCAAAACUCAAAGGCUCGAGGAACUGGCUAUCAAGCAGUCAAGACAGUUGAUUCCAGUAACACCCUCAAUGCCUAAAACUUUGGUUCAUAGUUCUGAGAAAUCAAAGCCCAAAACAGCUAUCAGAAAUGCUGAGAUGAAUGUAGUUACCAAGAGUGGGACACAGCAACCCUCUGCGUUGCACAUUGCAAGCCAAUCUGUUCGCAGUGUAAAUGCCAAAGUUGAAGCUCCAAAGACAUCUGGAAAGUUUACUGAUCUGAAAUCCGUUGUGUGGGAAAAUGGUGCUUCCCCUGCCUCCAAGGAUGUAUCACAUCCAACAAAUUAUUCUAGCACCAAACCUGGAAAUCAACAUGCUGUUGCUUCAGGAGCUGCUUCUGCUCCUUUGAGGAACCCCAAUAACCUAAAACCCUCCGCAGAGCGAAAAUCAUCUUCUUUAGAUCUGAAAUUAGGUUCAACUUUUGAUAAGAAACAUUCCAUAUCUCAAGUGCAGAGCCGGAAUGAUUUCUUCAAUCUCAUUAAGAAGAAAACAUUGAUGAACUCUUCUGCAGUUCUUCCAGAUUCUGGCCCAAUAGUUCCAUCUCCCAUGAUGGAGAAAUCUCAUGAAGUAAAUAGGGAAAUAGAUAACGAAUCUACAAGUCCCCAGUCUCCUGGAAAUGGUACUGAACUGAUAACUAGCAAUGGUAAUGCCCAUGCUCAUGAAGAAGUUCACAGACUUUCUAAUAAUGAAGAGAAAGAAUCAAUUCCCUGUGCAACAGUAUAUCCAGAUGAGGAAGAAGCUGCAUUCCUUCGUUCUCUUGGCUGGGAGGAGAACUCAGACGAGGAUGAAGGCCUUACUGAAGAGGAAAUCAAUGCUUUCUAUCAGGAGUUCAAGAACUUGGACCCAACUACAUUCAAGCUAUGCCAGGGCAUGCAGCCAAAGCUGUCUAAGUUGUUCGAAUCUUACGCAUCUAAUUUGCAUGGAUCUUCUGCUGAAUUGAGCUCUUCUGGUCCUGGAUCUGAAGCAUGA